AUGACUAAAGGGAUGAAUUUUUUCAAAUGCUCCAACUGUGUUACCAGGAACUCUCUGACGUCAUCGUCGUCUUUGAUUACAGUUAGAGAGAUUGAUUUAUUAGAGCAAGGAUACAAUACUUUCAUCCUAAUAUCACAAUAUGUUGGUCUACUCGUAAUAAUCCUGUACAUUAUGGAUAGAAGCUCCUCAUUCCGCCUCAGGACAGACCAUCUCCUACCACGAUUUCAUCCUCCGCAUACAAUCACUGUCCUCAGUCCUCACCGCUCUCAUCCUCGCCCUCCGUCUCUCCACAUCCCUGUCCUCUACUUCUCUCUCCUCUCCAUUGGCGUCGUCGUCUCCCCUUCCAAUCCCGCCUCCACCCCUCCCGAGAUUUCCCGCCAAAUCCACCUCAGCCGCCCUGUUAUCACCUUCGCCGCUUCAGCGUCAGCGCCCAAGCUCCCUCCCUCCCUCCCCACCAUCUUCCUCGACUCCCCCCUCUUCCUCUCCAUGAUCGAGCCACGUGGCGCCCUGGGUGCCGUCAAUUACGGUUCCGGUGGGCCCAACCAGUCGGAUGCCGCGGCGAUCCUAUAUUCAACUGGGACGACUGGGAAAAUCAAGGGGGUGGUGCUGACCCACUGGAAUAUCAUAACACUGGUGACCGGAUUCUACGCCGGCCAGCAGGAACGGGCGGCGCUAGUGAUGUUGCUGGUGAUGGUGCUUCUGUUCCACGUUUUUGGGUUCUCCUACUGCUUGAAGGCGGUGGCGAUGGGGGAGACUGGUGAUAAUGGAGAGGUUUGA